CGCUUAGUCCUAUUAGGUUAUUAUUAUACUUAUAUCACAGCUCAGAGGCUAACUAAGCCUGGGGACUGAAAACAAUUAAACAAAAAUGACCAGCGAAGUGACCAAACGCGUUCCACUUCCACCUAAGUUUCAACUCUUCUAGAAAAAAAUCUACUCAGGUUUCAACUAACGUUGUGCUACCGGUCAACGGUCCGUAGGACCCGGUCGGUUCAGACGAGGUCACCACCGGCGCACCGACGCCUUCCGCGACCAGCCAAGAUGCGAUACCUUGCGUACUGCUGCUGCUGCUACUAAUACACCCUGGACGGCUCUAUUCUGUUCCCACCCAAGUACUUGGAGCAGGGGAAAGCUAGAGGAGAGGAGAAGGGAGCAGGCAUGGCGUCGGAGAUGCUGCUCAGGAGGAUCCAUUCCAUCUGCCGUCUCGCCCCC